AGGCAUCAAAGUGAAGUACAUUGCACCAGGAGCGCAAUGAAACAAUACAACUUCCCCCUCUUCUUUCCACUGUUCAUCUCCCCUCUGUCUGUGCUGGCAGUGCAGGGUUGCAGUCAUGCAUGCGGACACUGUCUUUCUUGUGUGUCCUCUGAUUUUUGCCUUGUGGAGGGGGGUCCAGGCUUUAUCUCCUGAACCCUCAGUCCCUGAGCGUGUCCAUGCUCUGGUGGGCUCCUGCGUGGUGAUUCCUUGCUCCUUCACUCCUGCAGCUCCUCAUCCUCACAAGGGCAGGAGGGAGAGGGUGGAUGUCCGGCUGAGGUUCAGAGGUGGUGGCCACUUCUUCCCUCUCCGCAGCACUGCUUUUAACAGCGAGGACAGAGAUCAAGUGAGCAGGGAUUUCCAAGGCCGGACAUCCCUCAUUGGGCGAAUCGUAGAUGGGGACUGCUCUGUGAAGAUCGAAAGGAUCAGCCUGGAUGACUCGCGGGUCUUUGAGAUCGCUCUAAAGAGAGGUGAUGACUUACUUUGGGGGAAGCCAAGGAGCUUUAAUCUAGAUGUUGUGGACACUCCUGAGGCUCCUGUCGUCAGCGGCACGUUGUCAGCCACAGAGGGACAGCUGGUCACCCUAAACUGCACCGUCAGCUACCACUGCCCCUCAAGACCUCCUGCCCUCCGGUGGCGCUGGGAGAGGGGAGCGCAGCUGAACAGCAGUGAGCCCGGCGAAGUACAGACUCUCUACCCCCAGGCCCACAGGCCGAUGUUACUGGCUUCUAUGUCCUUUACUGUGUCACACCGGGUGAAACCCAGAGUCAGAUGUGAGGUCAGCUACCCAGGAGCCAAAUUAAUGGCCACUUCAAAGGAUCUGCAUGUCACAUUUCCACCAAAAGAUGUGAAGGUUCAGGUGCAGUCCUUGACAGUGCAGGAGGGGGGCAGUGCUUUGCUGGUCUGCUCAUGUAAAGCUGACCCACCAGCAUCAGAGUACCACUGGUCCUACAGCCAAUACGGCCAUACGGUGCACCUCCACAAGCGCACACAGACAGUCCGUGUGUACAACGUGACCCGAGACAUGAAGGUCCGCUGCUCAGCUCAGAACCUGAUUGGGCGAGGAGAAUCCCGGCCCACACCGUUGAACAUACAAUAUAAGCCAGUCAUCCUCCGGCUGUCUUCCACCUGUGUUGUAGAGGAGUUGGAGGUGCUUUGUCGCUGUUUGGUUGACUCCAACCCGAGACCUGCAGUCACCUGGAGCGUUAAUGGAACUGUUCCACCUCGUGAUUACAACGUGUCGGUAACAUCAGAGUCUGACACGCUAACAGCCACUCUGAGGGGCCACAUGGACAAACCUCAGACAGUGAUCUGCUUCGCUUUCAAUGCACUUGGAAACGACUCCCUGAUUUUGGUGCAAGGAGGAGACGAGACAGCAGCUCUGUUGUGGUCGGUGGUACCUGCUGUGGCCAUUUGCCUGGUCAUAUUCCUUAUAUCUCUUAUUUUCUACUGCUGCCGUAAGAGAGCUGGAAGACAUGUUCUGAGACGUCCAGCCGUGUACCCUGGAGGAAUGGGAAUUUAUCAGGACCGGAUGCCCCUCUACAUUAACUGCACAGAGGUGACCCAUAUCUACGCCAACGGCAGCUACCAACUUGUAUACCAGAACUGCACACCUCUUUUCGUCCGUACUAAGCAGAUCCGUCCCAUGGGCAGAAGAGGUGGGGAGAGGCGAGUCGGGGAGAGAAGAAGAGGUGGAGAGGUUGGACGUAUAGACAGACGAGGUGCUUUGGGAGUCAGAGGCACAAGGGAGGUGCAGGGUACUUCUGCGGCUGAUGCUGAGACAGCCAUCUACCUGGAGAUCCUCUAAAAUCAUUGUGGAGAAGUCAAGUGAUUCACUUUUAUAUGAUUCAUUCUCAUACUGAUGAUGAAUUAAUGUUUUUUAGAGCUGCAACGAUUAGUUAAUUAAUCGAUGAGUUGCCAACUAUUAAAUUAAUCGCCAACUACUGUGAUAAUCGAUAAAUCAUUUGUAUCAUUUUUUUAGAAAAAAAUGUCCAAAUUCUCUGAUUUCAGCCUCUCAAAUUUGAAAUGUUUCUCUAGUCUUCUAUGACAUUAAACGGAAUAUCUUUGGAUUGUGGACAAAACAAGA